AUGAGCCUUAAGUCAGCAGCGCUCCGCAUAAUAUGGAACAGUUUUUGGAAUUCAGCACCAAGAACCAUAAAUAACGGUGCAACAAGCGGUCCGUUAUUUCAAGCAAAGCUGGUGGAACCAGGCUUAAUGGUGAAACUAACUGAGUCCUACCAAUAUUGGUUUGCUCUAAGAUGUAGGCAAUCUGGCUAUAUUGGGUUCUCGAAUGUACUCCCUAACGCUUUGCAUGCACCCGUUGAUGACGCUUUGAGUUAUUCCGCUGCAUGGUUUUUCCGAGAUAUCUCGGGAAAUCGGAUAGGAAUUCGGUUAAGGUUGUGUUUAAUGGGGAUUUCACAAGAUACGGAUAGCAGGAAUUUUGAAUCGAAUCGGAGCGCACAAGCGAUGGAGGAGUUCAGUUGA